AUGCAUUCAGCUUCCAGAUCUCGGGCUCUAGCCCGAGCUCUUCUUCCUUCCUAUUCCCGUCGAUAUUCAUCAGCUCCCACAAUUACUCCCAUUACCUCUGUUCUCAUAGCCAAUCGUGGAGAAAUAGCUCUGCGAGUCGGACGUACAGCUUCAGAUCUCGGCGUACGAUGUACAACAAUCUAUACGGAUCCUGAUGCCAAUUCACAACACGCACUUUCCAGCCCUUUCGCGGUAAAUCUUGGUGCUGCAAAUGCUUAUCUUGAUGGCGAAAGAAUUAUAUCUGUGGCGAAGGAACAGGAUUGUGAGGCGUUACAUCCAGGAUAUGGAUUUUUGAGUGAGAAUUCGGCAUUUGCGAAAAGAUGUGUAGAGGAGGGGUUGGUGUUUAUUGGUCCACCUUGGAAGGCUAUCGAGGCAAUGGGAAAUAAAUCUAGGAGUAAAGAUAUUAUGAUCAAGGCGGGAGUACCUUGUAUACCAGGAUAUCAUGGGGAAAAUCAAGAACCUGAAUAUCUGCUCAACGAGGCAAGGAAGAUUGGCUUUCCGGUUAUGGUGAAGGCUGUUAAGGGUGGUGGUGGAAAGGGCAUGCGUAUUGCUCAAACGGAAGGGGAGUUUCUUGAGAAAUUGGAGAGCGCGAAAAGUGAAGGAAGAAAUUCUUUUGGAGACGAUGUUAUGUUGGUUGAGAAGUACAUUGCUACGCCAAGACAUAUCGAGGUACAAGUUUUUGCCGAUAAGCACGGUCAAGCAGUUGCUUUAGGUGAGAGAGAUUGUAGUUUACAGAGACGACAUCAAAAAAUCUUGGAGGAGGCGCCAGCACCAAAUCUAGCGGAGGAUAUUAGGCAAGAUCUUUGGGAGAAAGCUCGUGCUGCAGCUCUUGCUGUGGGGUAUGAGGGGGCUGGUACAGUUGAAUUCAUAUUCGACAACGAUACCAAUGAGUUCUUCUUCAUGGAAAUGAAUACUAGACUACAGGUCGAACACCCCGUGACUGAAGAGAUCACGGGUGAAGAUCUCGUAUCAUGGCAAUUCAAAGUUGCGGCUGGCGAACCAUUACCACUCGAUCAAGAUACGAUAGCUCGAAGAAUAGCCGAACGUGGAUGGGCUCUUGAAGCUCGAAUAUAUGCCGAAAAUCCUAAUCAGAAUUUUAUGCCCGAUUCUGGCAAGAUUAUUCAUUUACGAACACCUCAAAUAUCAGACAGUGUUCGAAUCGAUGCGGGCUUCGUGCAAGGCGAUACAGUCUCAUCUAAUUAUGAUGGCAUGAUUGCGAAACUCAUCGUGAGCGGUCCUACACGAGAAGUAGCGAUACGAAAACUUCAUGCAGCAUUGCAAGAUUACGAGGUUGUUGGUCUAAGUACCAAUAUCGAGUUUCUAAAGAGAAUUUGCAAGAGCCCCGCAUUCAUUCGAGGUGAUGUAGAAACGGGAUACAUACAAAAAUACCACGAUGAGCUUUUUCCAACCGAGAUCAUUGAGCCUGAAGCAUUCGCACAAGCUGCUCUUAGUAUGCUAUCCCAGGAACUUUCGGCAACGAGCUCAAAAUCAACUCAAGGGCCUCAUGGUCAAGCAAUCGGCUUCAAUUCUCACAUUCAACGCGAAUUUAGCUUCACGAAACCUAUUAUACUAUCAUCCAGCGAUAAGCCAGAUGUAUACCACGUAACCAUCGACCAAUCUGAUCGGAAUCUAUACAACAUAUUAGUCAAAGGUCCCAAUAUGGAAAAAUCAUACCAAAACGUGAUCAGCGAACCAAACUUCCCCACAAUUUCAACAUUCUUCCCUCAUACCCGAAUUGAAAGUACAUUAAUCCGGCAAGAUGAUAAAAUAACACUAUUUCAGCAAGGUAAACAGAUCCAGUUACAACUAGCGACGCCUGGAUGGUAUGAAAAGGCAUUGGGGUUGAAGGAUGUAAAGAAUAGUGUGGUAGCCCCGAUGCCGUGUAAGGUUUUGAGGAAUGAGGUCAAGGAGGGAGAGGGGGUGGAGGAGGGACAAGCGUUGGUGGUGAUUGAGAGUAUGAAGAUGGAGACGGUUAUUCGGAGCCCGCAGAAGGGGGUGGUCGCUAAGUUGGUGCAUAAGGAAGGGGACAUCUGUAAAGCAGGGACCGUGCUUGUGCUUUUCGAAGAGAUUUGUUAG